ACCCCGCAUCCGGCCUUCAUCCUGGACCAAGCCCUAGCAGCCCAGCGUCCCCUCCCCAGGCUGCCCAGGCCUCAAACUCCGGCUUCCAAAACCUGAGAUCCAGAUGCCUUCCCCUUCAAACUCGCUCCCAAACCCUGGCCUUGCAUCCCCUGUGUGUCCAACCCCCCCUUCCUCCCCCUCUGCCCAUGGUCCCUUGCCCCACAGAUGGACAUCGUGGAUGCUGAGCAAGAGGUGCCCGUAGAAGGCUGGAUUGCAGUGGCAUACGUGGGCAAGGAGCAGGUGGCCCAGUUCUACCAGGAGAGUCAGGGCAGUGGCCCGCAGGCCUAUCCCAAGGCCCUGGUCCAGCAGAUGCGGAGGGCACUCUUCCUGGGAGCUUCUGCUCUGCUCCUCCUCAUCUUGAACCACAACGUGGUCCGAGAGCUAGACAUAUCACAGCUUCUGCUCAGGCCAGUGAUUGUCCUCCAUUACUCUUCCAAUGUCACCAAGCUGUUGGAGGCACUGCUGCAGAGGACUCAGGCUACAGCUGAGAUCACCAGUGGAGAGUCGCUGUCAGCCAACAUCGAGUGGAAGCUGACCCUGUGGACCACCUGUGGCCUCUCCAAGGAUGGCUACGGAGGAUGGCAGGACUUGGUGUGCCUGGGAGGCAGUCGGGCCCAGGAGCAGAAGCCCCUGCAGCAGCUGUGGAACGCCAUCCUGCUGGUGGCCAUGCUCCUGUGCACAGGCCUCGUGGUGCAGGCCCAGCGGCAGGCGUCAAGGCAGAGCCAGCGGGAGCCUGGAGGCCAGGUGGAUCUGCUCCAGCACCGGGUGCUGCGGAGACUGGCAUCUCUGAAGACCCGGCGCUGCCGUCUGGGCAGGGCAGCACAGGCCCCCCCUGAACCCGGUGCCGAGACCUGCGCCGUGUGUCUGGAUUACUUCUGCAACAAGCAGUGGCUCCGGGUGCUGCCCUGUAAGCAUGAGUUUCAUAGAGACUGUGUGGACCCCUGGCUGAUGCUCCAACAGACUUGCCCGCUAUGCAAAUUCAACGUCCUGGGGAACCGCUACUCAGAUGAUUAGCUCCCCCCACUGGGUCUCUGCAUGUGGGCGAAGGACCAUCCCACCUGCACCCUGGCCCUAGGCCUGGGCUCCUGGAACAGAACAGCGGGAUAGACAGGAAGCCCUGCUGGUGGGAGGAAGGCUAGGGGCCUGCUGAGGGGCAAGGCACCCCAUCCUAUUCAUACUGGGAUGGAGGGACCACACUCCCCAGUCCAAGGACGCAGGGUCUGGACCUGCCAGUCAAGAAAGAGAAGCCACCUUGGGGCCCUUCUCUACCAUCCUGGGGUGUCUGUGUCUGCCCUCCUCGUAGGCAGCUCCCAGGACCCUGGGCAGGGGCCUGGGGAAGGAGGGUGUGGGCCAGUACAGCUGUUCCCAGGGCUCUGGCGGCUCUCUGACCUGCCUGCCAGGGCAUCCCUGGGGACUGAGGCUGCAGUGGCUGGCUGGGUUUUGUGCUUAUUUAUUGGGGGUUGGGUUGUGAGAGGAGCUGUCUGGCCUUGGGGACAUCCUGGCCUGACCGGCUUUCAGGACACAUCUCAGUCAAGGCUGUGACGUUCAACUCGGAGGCCCCUCCACUGAUACCGCCCUCAGCCCUUGGACACUAGGAGCUGGGAGCGCUACUGCCUGUCCAACUGGGCUCCCUUCCCAGGCCUGGUUGGGACUAGAGGCCCCCGAAGCCAUCGGGUCCUAUGCUGCUUGGCCAGGCUACAGGAUGCUGACCAGGAUACUUGAAGCUGCAGGAUAAACGUGGUGCAUCUUUUAGGGGCAGCCAGGGUUUUUUAGAUUUGGGGUCGGGGAGGUUUAAUAUUGAAGUAAACAUGGAUAUAUUUUAACA